CUGGUGGUUUCCAUUCGUCGUUUGUGUGGAAUGAAUUCAGACUGAGGAGGAGAAGAGGAGUGAAAGAAAGCAGAGAAAAACACAAGAAGAAGAGGGAGAGCAGCAUCAGAAGGUCAAAGGUCACUGACAUCAGCCUGUGAUUGACAGCUGGCAAUCACCUGAUCGGAACCGAUCAGGAGACAGAAAACAACCUUCGCCAUGGAGGAGUGACGGACAGGUGAGACACCUUUUGAUCAGGGUCAACGGCCAUGAUGGCGUCCAUCAGAGGGCAAACAGGAAGUCUGAACCUGCUUCACUUUCUGUUAGGUGUGUUCCUGGUUCGUCCCGAAGGGGGCAUCUGUCUGGAGCUGCUGCCGUCAGCCUCUGAAGUUAUCCUGAACUCAAACUCGAACUUCACUGUGGUGUGUUGGGGGUGGAGUCAAGUGACAUGGCGGUUACCUCAGGGCUCUGAGAUAGAUAGGGUUGUUGUGGAGAAUCGUGGGUCCAGCAGCGUCCUGCAGCUCUUUAAUGUCACCUGGAGGAAUUCGGGGAGAUACACCUGUGAGGAAGCUUCAGCCUUUCAGAGCAGAGAGAUUGACAUCUUCAUACCUGGACAAGGUCCAGAUGAAUGGUUCGUCCCAUUGGGGCCAGCUGUGGUGAUGAAGGAGGCAGAGGAAGAUACCAUCCCCUGCGUGGUGUCCGACCCACGGCUCAAUGUCUCACUGUAUGAACGUCCCGGCAGGAUGCCGGUUACUGGGACGACAUAUGAGCCAGGCCGCGGCUUCACAGGUCGUCUGAAUGACACGUCAUACGUGUGCUUGGCCACCCACGGAGACGAGGAGAGGGAGUCCAAGGUUUACUACGUCUUCAGCAUUUUAGUUCCUACGGUGAUGGAGGUUGAUCUGACGGUGUCCCGCAGUGUGUUGAAACAGGGGGAGGUUCUCACUGUAAACUGCACUGUCAAAGACACUGAGAUGGUCUUCUUCUCCUGGGACUUCCCCCGCAGACAGGAAGUCGAGCCGCUGACAGACUUUCUUCCAAAUCGGAUCCGGUCCCUCAUUAACAUCUCCAGGGCAACGGUGGCAGAUUCUGGUGUGUAUGUGUGUGCAGUAGAGGAGACGAUGCAGGGAAAAACUGUGACGAAAAACAUCACAGUGACAGUACUGGAUCGAGGGUACGUCUACCUGUGGCCCUCAGGUGAGACCAACGUGUCGUCUCUCCUCCACCACACAGUGGAGUUCAGUGUGGAAGUCGACGCCCACCCCGCCCCCACCAUCCUCUGGACCAAAGACAACCAGACUGUUGCCACGGAAACUACCUCUAUUACCACCACACAUCUGACAGGUAGCAGGUAUGUGAGCACACUGACACUGGUUCGAGUCCAGAUGGAUCAGACAGGAAGUUACACAGCAACCGUUUCCAAUGAAGACGACGUUGACGAGGUCAUCUUCAACCUAGAGGUCAAAGCUCCCCCCAGGAUCACAUCUCUGUCGGAGGUCGGCAGUAAGGCGGUGCUGUGUGUCAGCGAAGGAGCUCCACCCCCCUCUGUCACUUGGUACACCUGUCACAGCACACACAGGUGCAGUAAUCUGACAGGCAGAUGGAGGAGCCUAUCAGCAGCCUCGGAGGGCGUGUCUCUGCAGGACAACAUCACUGAGGUGGAGGAAAGAGGAGUAACCCAGGUACGCAGCCUGUUGACUUUACAGGCUCUUAGCUCUCUGUCAGCUGUUCGCUGUGAAGCCAAAAACUCUGCAGGACGACGAGCCAGAGACCUCCGAGUACUGUCCACCUCUCUCCUGUCUCAGGUUGUAGUAUUAGCGGCAGUUUUGGUUCUGGUCAUCAUCACCGUCUUCUUCCUCAUCAUCCUCAUCCUACUUUGGAGAAAAAAACCUCGUUAUGAAUUUCGUUGGAAGGUGAUCGAGUCUGUGAGUGCUGAUGGACAGCAGUACACCUACCUCAACCCUGCCCACCUGCCCUACAACUCCACCUGGGAAAUACCACGAGACAACGUAGUACUAGGUCAGGUGCUGGGUUCAGGUGCAUUUGGUCGUGUCGUCGAGGCGAAUAUCUCUGGUCUGAUUCACUCUCAUUCUACAACUAAAGCAGCUGUGAAGAUGGUCAAACCGAGCAGCGUUGCAGUUCAGUCUUUGAUGUCAGAGUUGAAGGUUUUGGUUCAUCUUGGUCCUCACCUGAAUGUCGUCAACCUGCUGGGAGCCUGCACGAGAGGAGGCCCUGUCUAUCUGAUCACUGAGUUCUGUCGUCAUGGAGACCUGGUGAACUACCUGCAGAGGAACAAACACACCUUCCUACAGAGUGACACACACACCAAAAGUGACAGUGAUGGAGGUUAUAUGGACAUGAAUAAAGAGGAGAGCGCUCAGUAUGUCGCCAUGCAGAAGCUCAACUAUGCCAUCACCGAAGCCACGGUGUAUGAGACACCAUACACACCACCAGACCAGCAGGAGGCAUCCCCUCUCCUCUUAAGUGACUCUCCGCUCCUCAGCCUCAAUGACCUCCUAAGCUUCUCCUACCAGAUCUCUCAGGCCAUGGACUUCUUCUCCUCCAGAAAUUGUGUCAACAGAGACCUGGCAGCGAGGAACGUCCUGGUCUGUGAGGGGAAGCUGGUCAAGAUCUGUGACUUUGGUUUGGCCCGAGACCUGAUGAAAGAUCAGGACUACAUCACCAGGGAAAACAGCUUCCUGCCGGUCAAGUGGCUGUCUCCAGAGAGUAUCUUCCAGAACAUUUACAACUCUCAGAGCGACGUCUGGUCAUACGGAAUCUUACUGUGGGAGAUAUUCUCUCUGGGUGGAAGCCCGUACCCCGACCUCCCCAUGACCCAGGACUUUUACUCUGCUCUGAAGAGAGGAUACAGGAUGACCCGACCUGAACACGCUCCACAUGACAUCUUUGAGCUUAUGAAACAGUGCUGGGAGGAGAAACCUCAGUCCAGACCUUCUUUCUCCUCGCUGGUCACCUCUGUAGGAAGCUUGUUGACAGACGACUACAACAAGCGUUACCUCCAGCUGACAGACAACUUCCUGAAAGGUGAAAAUCCAGCUGUUGUUCGAUCCAGACUGAGUUUAUCCAGAGCUGCAUUGCAUCAGACAGAGGGACAGACAGACACACACGGAAGCUCCGCCCCUCAGGGGAAUAUUCACCUGUCGGAGGCGGAGCCAGAUGAGGCAGGCCCCUCCCAUGGUACUUACAUCAUCCCCAUCGCUGAUGUCACCAUAGAAUCGAGCAGCGGCACUGUGCUGGACGCAGUCAGCCCACACCCUCACCUCUCAGAUCUUACCCCCGACUCCACCUCUCAGGAUGCACCAGGACAACAGGAAGUGGCAUCAUCGGAGGGUAAACAGAAAGCAGUGGAACCACCUGCUUCAGCCUGCAGUCGUGAGGAAGAGGAGGAGAGCUGCCUGUGAAGGUUCCAGAUACAUGACAGACAGAGCAGAUCUUUUCAUCAACCCACUAGUCCUGCCAAAUUCUUCCUGACAGACGGAGCAGAGGGUUCAUAUAAUGCCUGCGUCUGUUGACCCAUUCAUUCAUAAAAACAUCAUCACUUCAUGUACAGGUAACCAUGGCUUAUUUUCCCCUCAGUACUGACUGUAAGGCUGCCAGAAGAAACAUGCUUUAGCCUUGUUAAAACUACGUUCGACUCCACAAACAGGAAACAGAUGUUAUUCCUGUUUAAAUGAAAGUAUCUAUAUUAUGAAACGGUUGACUGUACAGCAGGUCCUGGAUCAGAUUUACAACUUUAUAAUCCUUCAUUUAUCCUCUGUAUAACUCUGAAUUAACCUGAAGUGUUUGUGUAUAUCUGUGUUUUCUGCUUUGUGUUUAUUGAAAUUACUUUUAGAUUUUUUUUUACACAAAAUGUUCUGAUUCAGAACUAAAGCUCGCUAUUAAAAUAUAUUAAUAAACAAAGUCCAGCAGUUAAUCUGAGUUUGUUUCAGAUGUUUUAAAUCAAACUGCAGCCCAGUAAGUUUAAAGGUUUUCAUCAGUGAAUUUGAACUUUAUAGAGGGUUUAUAGACUGUAAAUAAUGACUUUAUUAUUAUGAUUUAUUACACAUACACAGUCCUG